AUGACUGACAUGGAACUGCGAGCCUUCGAGGCUCAUUUGGACAUAAUGGUCGACCAGAUCGGUGAAGAGUCGACCGAGUUGAUCAUCGAGAGACCACGAUACGCACAUGCUGUGAUGGUUCUGUCGAAUGGCGACGAACCGGGCGAGCUUCUCACUGCGUCGAGAAUAAAAGUACUCGAUCCGAUUUUCAUCCCAAUCGAGACGGCCAACAAUGGAAAUCAAGUCUUUCAUCAAUAUUGCCCUGAACGCGAGACUGCAAUGAGCUCUCAAGGUGGUUCGGCGCAAUGCGACGAUGAUAUAGAACGUGCCCUUCGAAAACUGGAGCAGUCACGGAACAUGCUAGACGAAGAUGAACCCGAACUUACGGCGCAAUCUGAUGUAGGCAUUCCGAUUCGUCGCUUGUGA